GUAGAUGAGCACUGGUGCAGCGCUUUGAAAGUCUUCCGCUGAGAGCUCUGUCAGUAUGCAGUGUUUGUCUGUGUCUAUGAGGCUUGCUUUAGGCCUCUUCAGGUAUGUCAGUGUACCACACUUAUCACGCUCAUCUGUAUUACGGCAGCAAAACUACGCCUUUCAUCCCAGGUACAGCAGUACGACAGUAAAUCAGAUCACAACGUCCUACGGCUACGUGAUAAUUGGGGCGGGAUCCGCAGGCUGCGUGCUGGCCAACCGCCUAACGGAGAAUGCGUCUGAUUCAGUGCUCCUGCUGGAGGCGGGUCCUAAAGACAUGCAACUUGGCAGCACCCGGCUGUCCUGGAAGAUUCACAUGCCCGCCGCACUGACAUAUAACCUCUGUGAUGACAAGUAUAAUUGGUUUUACCACACAUUACCUCAGGCAGGCAUGGAUGAGCGGGUGAUGUACUGGCCUCGUGGGCGAGUUUGGGGUGGCUCGUCGUCACUCAACGCCAUGGUGUACAUCCGCGGGCAUGCAGAGGAUUAUAACCGCUGGCAGAGGGAGGGCGCAGAGGGUUGGGACUAUGAUCACUGUCUCCCGUACUUCCGGAAAGCCCAGACGCACGAGCUGGGAGCGGACCUAUAUCGAGGGGGCGACGGACCGUUGCACGUCUCGCGAGGAAAGACCGAUCACCCUCUGCAUCAUGCGUUUAUCAAAGCGGGUCAGCAGGCGGGUUACCCCUUCACUAAUGAUAUGAACGGAUUCCAGCAAGAAGGAUUCGGAUGGAUGGAUAUGACCAUCUACAAAGGUAAACGAUGGAGCACAGCGAGUGCUUACCUUCGCCCUGCCCUGUCCAGACCCAACCUGACAGCAGAGGUCGGUUGCAUGGUGACCCGUAUCCUUUUUGAUGGGAAGCGAGCUCGAGGGGUCGAAUUCCAGCAUAAUGGACAGAUGAAAAAGGUGUUUGCUGAUAAGGAGGUGAUUCUCAGUGGAGGAGCCAUUAACUCUCCUCAGCUCCUCCUGCUGUCUGGAGUGGGUAAUGCAGAUGAGCUUCACAAGAUGGAUAUUCCUGUGACUCAACACAUCCCAGGUGUGGGCAGAAAUCUUCAGGAUCAUUUGGAGUUGUAUGUUCAGCAUCAGUGCACUCAACCCAUCACACUGUAUAAAGCACAGAAGCCUUUUCUCAUGCUAAAGAUCGGUCUGGAGUGGCUCCUGAAAUACACAGGUUAUGGUGCUACAGCUCAUUUGGAGAGCGGUGGUUUCAUUCGCAGUUGUCCUGGGGUUUCUCAUCCUGAUAUUCAGUUCCACUUCCUGCCCUCUCAGGUCAUCGAUCACGGACGUGUUAAAUCCAAGAUCGAAGCUUUUCAGGUGCACGUUGGACCCAUUAGGAGCACGAGUGUCGGUUGGAUCAAACUCAAGAGUAAAGAACCGCAUGCCCACCCCAUCAUCCAACCCAACUACCUCUCCACGGACACUGACGUUUUGGAGUUCAGAGAAAGUGUGAAGCUCACACGAGAAAUCUUCGCUCAAAAAGCCUUCGACCCGUUCCGUGGCCCCGAGGUGCUGCCCGGCCCUGCUGUCCAAUCAGAUGCAGAGAUUGACGCAUUUGUUCGGCAAAAGGCGGACAGCGCAUACCACCCCUCCUGCACAUGUAAGAUGGGCAGAGCAUCUGACGUCAUGGCGGUGGUGGAUUCCGAGCUGCGCGUGUACGGUUUGGAGGGGCUGAGGGUGGUGGACGCGUCUGUCAUGCCCAGCGUUGUGAGUGGCAACUUGAACGCCCCCACGAUAAUGAUCGCGGAGAAAGCAGCAGAUGCCAUUAAAGGGCUUCCCUCACUCCACGACACGCAAGUGCCUGUUUACCAGCCUGCCAGUCUACACACACAGAGAUAACAAUGACAUUUUGCCUGGACCAGAUUUGAUCAUACAUUUAAAGGGAUUGUUCAACCAAAAAUGUUUAAUCACCCUCAUGUUGUUUCAAACCUACAUGACUUUCUUAAUUUUGUCGAACACGACCACAUCUGUAAAGCACAAAAACACAUAAGAAGCAUAAUAUAAGUAGUCCAUAUGACUUGUGCGCUAUAUAUUCCAAGUCUUCUGAAGUCAUUCGACACAAAUUGAAGUGGAUAUUCACUUCUGUUGAAGCUCUCAAAUCUAAUUUCUAAAUUACGAGUAAAUGCUAGUUACGAAACACAUGAGAUUUAUUUAAGAAUCAAUUAUUAAUAUUAUAUUAAUCCACAGUGCGAUACAGAUACCGUCUCAGAUUACACAAACCUUCUCGCAACAGACACAGAGCAUGCAAGUUCAUUGUCUUACAGUGACACCUAGUGGCCUGGAAGCUGCAUCAUUCAAAAUCAAUAGUUUUCAGUUACAGGUGCCAAUAAACCAGGAUUCAUAUAAUCAUUGAAUGAAAGUGUCCUAUAACAGGGCAGUUACUGAGAUAAAGCCAAUGGUAUUCAGCUUUUCAUAUGAUUUUAACAUGUAGAAUAAAAGAGCUUUUAUAAGGUUACUGAUAUGAUUCAACUCUUCAUCUCACAUGAGGGGUCAUGAUUUCAUACAUAUGUUUCAAUAUUACUAUUCAUUUCUUUUAAAUCAAGAAAAAAGUGACUGAGUUCACCUUUAAAUUAAGAAAGUUAAAGCUUUCGCAUUCACCACCUGUGACACUAAAUAGGAUUAGUGGGUUUAAGUAGUUUGUAUAAUGGUACGUGUGUGUAUGGUCAAAAAGCCAGUUUUCUUGCCUUGUAUUAAUCAAAUAUCUACACAACUUUAAAGUGUCAUACACAAUGCUGGAGUCCUGUAAACAGCCAGUACAGAGUGUCUUCAAUUCUGAUGUGCACUACAAUAAUCCAUUUAGUUAUAAAAAGGAUAACGAUUACUAUCAGGAGCACAACGUGAUGUGAUGUAAUCUGUAAGUGCCUUGAUUUGAGUUGUAACAGUGAUGAAUGUACAGUCAUGUGAUCAGGGAACCUAUCAUACCAUCAUACAUACUUUGUAAUGAUAAAUGCAGUUUACUUUUAUUUAAUUUCUUAAAUGAAAGUUACUCAAUCACACAGUGGUUGAGUAUUGAUCAAUACUCCCACCCAAAUUAGACCCUGGCCCACCCAGAAUAUUAGUUUUUUUUUUACUUCAAAUACAUAUUUUUAAAAUUGUGUAAAAAUGCAUAAAUUCUGAUUUCUGGACCAUCCAUUUUUAUUGAGGCCCACCUAAAAGAAAUUUCCUGGCUACGCCUUGAUUGACAGCUAAGAUUUAUUGCAUAUAUUUUACCAUUAAGAACACCUUUGCAAUUAUGGAUGAUAAUCAUUGAUAAUUAUGAAAGAAACAUUUCAUUGGCUGACUAACAAUAGGACAAUUUAUGACAAAGUAUCUAUCUAUGCAAAUCACUGUUUAUUGUUUACAGUGAGAGAGAGAUUUUUUGCUUUUUCUUUAACAUUUCAAGAUUUUUAUGCUGGUACAAUGGUUUUUUUAUUUACUUUUAUUAAAUUGGAUUUAAUGAAUUGUAAUAAUGAGAAAAUGAGUAAUGUACAAAAUGCACAUAAAAACACUUUGA